AUGGGAGAAGGCUUCUCCCCCAGUCCAGGCCUCCCUUCUCCUGUGCUCUGUUGCUUUUGUGAAGACAAGAUGAAGCUCACAGUCAUCUUUGCCGGACUUCUCGGAGUCUUCCUAGCACCUACCCUUGCUGACUAUAAUAUCAACAUCAGCGAUGACAACAACGUCGCUGGCAGCGGGCAGCAGUCAGUGAGUGUCAACAAUGAACACAACGUGGCCAACGUCGACAACAACAACGGGUGGGACUCCUGGAACGCCGUCUGGGAUUAUGAAAACGGCUUUGCUGCAACCAGACUCUUUAAGAAGAAGUCAUGCAUCGUGCACAGAAUGAACAAGGAUGCCAUGCCCUCCCUUGAAGCCCUUGAUGCACUGGUCAAAGAAAAGAAGGUAAAAAUAGAAGAUGAAAGACCAGAGGGACCCCCUCCCAAGGGCCUCAUGUACUCAAUCAACCCUAAUGAAGUUGAUGACCUGAACAAGUUUGGAAAAAACAUUGCUAGCAUGUGCCGGGGGGUCCCAACAUACUUGGCUGAGGAGGUACAAGGAGCAAGCCUAUUUUAUUACUCAGGAAGGUGCUUCAAUACUAAUAUACUCUGGAUUGUGAACAUUUCCUUCUGUGGAAAAACAGUGGAUAACUAA